UAAUGAUAAUUAUUAACUUACACUUCGUCUUUUGAAAAAACCUAUCCCUAACCCUUUCUCUACAACCUAAAAGCAAACACACAUACUCAAACUCAAAGCUUUAAGUUAUGGAUUUAAACACGGACCAACCACCAUUCUGGUCACAACCCAUCACCUCCAUGCCUCGCCGCCGCUCAUCGGCUCCUUUUCUCCCUCUUCCUAUUCUCAUCGUACUCUUACCCAUCAUCGCUUUACUUAUCCUCUUUUUUGCUCUCCCUCCAUUUCUAACUAUAACUUCGCAAAUUAUUAGACCUUAUGGUACUGUUAAGAAAGGCUGGGACUCCCUCAAUAUUGUCCUCGUCUUGUUCGCGAUUCUCUGUGGCAUCUUCGCCAGAAGAAACGACGAUGGAUCAAACACCGACAACAACGUUAACGAUGUUUCAAAUAUUCCGGAUGGUUUGGACAAGAACGUCAGCCAGCCUCAUUCGAAACCAUGGUUUGGCGAUCACUUUUCGAAUACGAAAAUUUACGAUCGCCCUAUAAGCACACCGGUAACCGGCACGAGCCGGUUGAGGAGGAGCAGUAGCUCGUACCCAGAUCUGAGACAAGACGGCUUAUGGGAAACCGGCGAAGAUCGGUACCGGUUCUUUGAUGACUUCGAUGUACAAAACAGAUAUCGUUCACAUGUCGAUGGACUAGAUAAUAAUUCUGCUCAACAAGUACUGCGAAGAACAAGAAGUGAUUUUGAAGAAUACUCUCAAGUUAAGGUAGUACCAUUGGAUACCUUUGUAAUUCGUUCUUCACACAUGUCACCUCCAAAGUCGCCCACGCCGCCUCCACCACCACCACCACCACCACCACCACCACCUCCGCCACCUGUGGUUCGUCACGGGCCUAGAAGAACAUAUCAAACUGUAGGACUUAAAGAAAGGAACGUCGAGUGUGAUGUUCAUACCAACAAAGUUAAAUCGCCGCCUCCAGCUGCACCACCACCCCCACCGCCACCGCUACCGGGGGCACCUCCUCCUCCUCCACCACCCGUGCAAAUGGGGUAUAGAUCGGAGCACAAGUAUGUGAAAAUUGAACGCAGAAAAAGUAAUGCAACAAAGGAGAUUAAGAUGGUUUUCGCUUCAUUGUAUAAUCAAAGAAAAAGAAUAAAGAAGAAACACAGGACAAAUAAUACAGAAGAGUACGGUAAGUCUGUUCAUUCGCCACCUGAACCACCUCAAUAUUCAAGCGUACCGCCACCAUCCCGACCGCCUCCGCCACCUCCAGUCCCUCCACAUCCUUCAUUGGUCUUUCAAAACCUAUUCAAAAAGAGCAGCAAGAGCAAAAAAGUCCAUUCAGUCCCUCCACCAGCUCCACCGCCACCUCCACCACCGCGUUCAACGAAGAGAAGGAGCCAGGCUCCGCCUCCUCCACCAGCGCCACAAACACUGCCACCGCAGCCUCCGAGGAGGCGAAAUGGGGCCACAAGCGGCAAGCCACCGUUACCGACAAGAGUAAACAAUUCGUACAGCGAGAAUCCUAAUAGUAGGAACCAAUCCCCGUUAAUUCCGGUGCCGCCGCCACCACUCCCGUUUAAAAUGCCGGAAUGUAGGUUUGUGGUACGCGGGGAUUUCGUUAGCUUACAUAGUGGUCGCAACUCUCAGUGCGGCUCUCCUGACUUGGAGAAGGUUGAUAAUGAUGUUUCGUCAACUAAGGAGUCAACGGAUGAGAAAGUCAAAGUGAUGGACGGUGAAGAUGGACUUGGGUCAGUGUUCUGUCCGAGUCCUGAUGUUAACAUUAAGGCUGACACCUUCAUUGCGAGGCUGAGGGAUGGGUGGAGACUUGAGAAGAUGAAUUCGUUGAGAGAGAAGCGGAAAAUGGGCUCAGGCCCAGGACCAAGCCCAGAUCCGUUACAGAUAUGAGAAGCCCAAAUUCAAGGAAAGUGAAGUUGCGUACAAUUCCUCAAAUUUUUUUCUUUGGGUAAUGGUUUGAUUUGAUAUGGUUAGUAUAAACACACAAAAUUAACAUAUACUACAUGGGUUUUUCUCCUUAAGCGAGAUUUUACGGGGAAUAUAAUUUUGGUCACAUAUUGGAAUGACCAUAAAUGAUUAGCUGAUGAGUGUUCCAAUCAGGCAAAGAUUAAUAUUGCAUGCAAUAUAUUAUAGAGAAUAUUAAGGGCUCUCAAUGUGGGUUUUUUAUUUUCACCAAUUGGAGCUCUUUGUAAGAUUUGAAUUGUUUGAUUGUAUUUGGGCUCUAAUGAUGGUUUUUUUUGUUCAUAUAUUGGAGCCUUUAGCUGAGAUUGUGAGGAUUGUUGUUACAUUUUAUAUUAUAGACAAUGUAUAGGUAUGCACUACAAUGACAUGGGUCUCCAAGUGUGGUUUUUUUUUUUUUUUUAUUUCCUCUUGGAGCUCCUUUUAGAAGA